CCCCGCCCCGCUUGGAGUGGCGGAGGGACGUUGGGCCGGGGUGGGCCGGGCCCGGAGGAUUGGUGGGCGGUUUCUUCCCGGGCAGCAUGCGGCACCGCACCCUUUAUUCCGCUCCUGCCCUCUGGGCUUCCAUUCCCUGUCCCCUCUCCGAGCUGAGCCUGGAUCGUGUGCUGGCCUCUGGCCAGUCCUUCCGGUGGAGGGAGCAGAGCCCAGGGUACUGGACUGGUGUCCUAGCGGGUCGGGUGUGGACGCUGACCCAGGCUGAGGAGAGGCUCUACUACACCGUGUAUGAAGCAGAGGCCGGCAGCCCCGAUCCCAGGAAGGAGACAGCAGAGGAGCCGGAGAUCCUGCACCGGUACUUCCAACUGGAUGUGCAGCUGGCAGAGCUUUACCGACACUGGGGCUCUGUAGACCCGCACUUCCGGCAAGUGGCACAGAAGUUCUUGGGAGUGCGGCUGCUACGGCAGGAUCCCGUGGAGUGUCUCAUCUCCUUCAUCUGCUCCUCCAACAAUCACAUCUCUCGUAUCACUCGUAUGGUGGAGCAGCUCUGCGAGGCUUUUGGUCCACAGCUCUGCCGCUUGGACUCAGUGCCAUAUCACAGUUUUCCUAGCUUGCAAGCCCUGGCAGGGUCUGAUGUGAAACAGCGGCUCAGGGCACUGGGAUUUGGCUACCGGGCUAGGUUUGUGAGUGAGAGUGCCCAGACCAUCCUGGGUGUGCAUGGGCCUGACUGGCUACAAAGACUGCGCACAGCUCCCUACUCAGAGGCCCGGCAGGCACUCUGCUCACUGCCCGGAGUUGGGGCUAAGGUGGCAGACUGCGUGUGCCUCAUGGCGCUGGACAAGCCUGGGGCCGUACCGGUGGACACCCAUGUCUGGCAGAUUGCCCACAGGGAUUACCAGUGGCAGCCAGCUUCUGGAUGCAAGAGUGUGAGUGAGAAGGCUAACAGGGAACUAGGUGACUUUUUCCGGAAUCUGUGGGGCCCUUAUGCUGGCUGGACUCAAGCGGUUCUGUUCUGUGCAGAUCUGAAGCCAGCCCAGGCCUCGAAGCGGCAGUUCAAACAGAAAAAGCAGAGAACAGAGGAGUGCUGUGUGCUGGAUAAAGUCUUUGGCUGGACACGGAGCCGGGACACAUCCGUCAGCAACAGACCCCGGGCCCCCUGCUGCGCCCUGGCGCUCUGA